AUGGCGAGCACUAGCAUGGCGGUGGUAAUCCUUGGCAUCCUUGUGUUCCUGCAGGUGUCCGGCGCGGCUGGGUGGGCCAUGGACCAGCCGGCGGCGAUGUCAUUGAACGGCUUCCAGCAAGGAGAAGAGGGCGGGCCGGCGGCGCGCGACGGCCCGUGCGACGGCCAGUAUCACAGCGACAACCUCUUCCUGGUGGCGCUGACCACGGCGUGGUAUGAGAAUGGCGCCCGGUGCGGGAAGCUGAUCAGCGUCAAUAGCUCGAACGGGCGAUCCCAUGAGGCUAGGGUCGUGGAUGAGUGCGGUACUGAUAACGGCUGCCGCACCGAUGAGAUCAGCACGUCCGUGGCUGUGUGGGAGGCACUUGGGCUCGAUACCAGCGUCGGCGAGGUAUCCGUCACCUGGUCGGACGUAAUCUGGUAA